GUGAUUUGCUGUCAGCGCUUGAAAUUACGCAAACAAGUUUUAACUCUGGCACUUCCACUCUCAGUAUGUCUAUACCAAUGAAUUCAGAAGUUGGCUCUGACAUUCUGUCACCCCGUGAACUCUCUCCCCGCUUCUCAAGAUCUUUUGGAGACAAACCAGCGAGUCAGUGCAGUAUGUCAUGCCACCAACUGGAGAUAAAGGCUCCGCUUUCCACACAAUGGGAGGCAGAGUGUUCAGCUGUCUCCAAAACAGCUGAACCAAACCAGCAGCAGCAGAGAGUUUUACCUGACUGCCGUUCUGACGGAGAGUAUCCCAUGCUUGUUGCAAAAAGUGUUCAGGAUCUGCUUGCUAAAAAUGAGUCAAAAGAUGUGAAUAGCAGCCUGCAGAGAUGGACUGCCAGUUCUUUGACUGGAGUUAAAAAUGAAAUGAAAGUUGAUGGAGAAUCACAGACUUCAAGUGCACAUAGUAAGAGAAAUAAGGGUCAAGAAAGUGAUUCUUUGACUGGAUCUGGUGCGUUGCAAGAAAUACAUAAGCUUUUGGCAGAGGCAGAGGAUAUAGCUGGGAGGUGGUGUGAUCCUAGCUUUUUCACUGCCUCUCCUAGAGAAACUGGUGAGUCUUCUCUAGUGCUGGUUAGAAAGGAGGGUGGUCCCAAAGAUGCCAUGUUGGUGAAAGACAACGUCCCUCAGUUUCAGAAGAUGCUGUCAUGGGAUGAGACUGUGACCCGAAGAAGCAUGCAAGAGGAGGGGUCAGUAGUAAAGCCUCUGAACUAUAACACAGGCAAUUUAAGAUGGGAGAAUUCUUUUGCUGUCAAUUUGUGUGAUAGUGAAGAGAUGAUGAAGGAAACAACCAAAGAGUUUAGGACGGGAAAAUCUGUAGGAAGGUCUGAGCCAGAAGGCUGUAGUAGUGUAACUACAGACAGAAAUCAACCUGGUUUUGUGGGUCUUUCACAAAGCAAUGGAAGUAGUGAAGUCAGCACUGGAAGAACUUCAGGGCUGGGGAAUCCUUCUUCCUCAGAGGCUCUAGGCAGUGUCACUGAUGUUGCAGGAGGUUUCCAGAGCAUGUUGUCUAAAGUUGGCGUAGCUGGACGCAAAGUAGGAGGUGUGCGAGAGAGUGAUAACAGUAGCAGUGGAGACUCACUAGCUGCCCAUGUCAGAAACCUUCUGGGGAAUCCUUCUUCCUCAGAGCCUUUAGGCAGUGUUGCUGGUGUCACAGGAGGCUUCCAGAGCAUGUUGUCUAAAGCUGGUGUAGCCGAAUGCAAAGCAGGAGGCGUGCAAGAGAGUGAUAACAGUAGCAGUGGAGACUCACUAGCUGCCCAUGUCAGAAACCUUCUGGGGAAUCCUUCUUCCUCAGAGGCUCUAGGCAGUGUCACUGGUGUCACAGGAGGCUUCCAGAGCAUGUUGUCCAAAGCUGGUGCAGCCAGAAGCAAAGCAGGAGGCAUGCAAGAGAGCGACGACAGUAGCAGCGGAGACUCGCUAGCUGCCCGUGUCAAAAACCUUCUGAGGAAUCCUUCUUUCUCAGAGCCUUUAGGCAGUGUCACUGGUGUCACAGGAGGCUUCCAGAGCACGUUGUCCAAAGCUGGCGCAGCCAGAGGCAAAGCAGGAGUCAUGCAGGAGAGCGACGACAGCAGCAGCGGAGACUCACUAGCUGCCCGUGUCAAAAACCUUCUGAGGAACAGACCGCCUGUGCUAUGUGCAGCACAAAUUCUGAAGCGUGCAGAUGACGAGGAGAGGAAAGCACGAGCAUGGGUGAAGAUAAAACUGGCCAGCGGAUCUCAGGAAUCUGUGUCAGACUGGAAUGAAGAGGACCAACGAAGAAUAGAGGAAAUAAAGGCAGAGCUGCUUCUGAGUGCCAAGAAAUCUGCACUAGCCAAGGAUUCGUGGAGAUGCAGUUUGGAACCUGCUUCUGAGUAUAGCCAUGAUGGGGAACAGGACAUGGAGCGUUUCAAAGCUCCAAGUGACAAAAGAUUUCAAACUGACAAACAAACACAAGCUGUCAGGACUGAGGAGCUCGUAGACUCAAGCUUACGACAUGCCGUGCCACUACACAGAGCUGAUGCUUCUGAUUGUUGCCUGCUGAAGGACACGCAGUUUAAAACUUUGAGUACUGUUCAAACACCUACCUGCAACCAACAUCUAACAGUUGCAACUGGUCAUUCCGAUGCUGUUGUUGAGCUUCAUCCACCACUGCAGAAGGAAUGGAACACCUAUGCAGUAAGGUCUGCAGCUGCUUCCGAUUUACAAACAGAAGCCCUGUUACCAGCUCAGGAGAAGCAGUCAAUGGAAAAGUGCUCUGAGGAUAUGGCUAAGCAAAUUACUUCUAUCACCUUUUCAUCCCGGAAACGUUUGCAGUCACCGUUGGCUUCUGUGGCGCUCAGCUGUAGUCUUACUAGAGAUGGUCUUGAUGGGAUAAUGCCUUUGGAGGUUGACUUUGCUGGCACCGAGGAACAAAGGCGUGGAAAACAACACUGGGAAAGAUCUAAGACCUGUCCUGCUUCAAGUCCAAUGCUUGCUGGCUCAGUGUCUAAUGAGAUUUCUUUUACUGCUGAGAAAGACAGGUUUCAUCAUGUCUCUGCUGACAGUAACAGAGUUGGAGCUUAUCAAGAAACAGACUGUUCGUCAGAUCAAGAUUCUGUGAGCAUCCAUGCUGAUAAAAGACAGACCCUUAGUGCAACAAAUUCUGAUGUUCUGCUUCAAGAUGUGACUGAAUUGAGCAGGCAUAGUGCCAGACUCGUGGAGAUUGACAGCGAUACAAGAUUCAGUCAAGGAACGAAUAGAUUGAAUGAACCCCACUCUAUAAGCUCUUACCAGCAGGACAAAGGCAGCCCACCUGGCCACAUCCAAUUGUAUGAGAGCUUAGAAGGUUCAAAUCCAGCCGUACAAACUGAUUUGCUGAAGGGCCAUGAUAAAUUGUUGGAAGAAGAGAAGAAAAGUCCUUCUGAUGAAGUACUUCUCGUACAGAAAGAGUCUGCGAGAGACCAAAUCAGUACGUCUCACCCUUCAUCUACGGAUGAGGUUUUAUCCACCACAUCUGGAUCUCUUUCAUCACCAACUAAGAAAGUACUGUCUUGUGUCCACAUAACUCUUUCCUCAACGUGCAAUAACUCAGAGCUGCAUAGUGACGCAAAUACUGAAAAUCAGAUGAGAUCAUGGGAUAAAGCUGAAGUUAGUACUCAACCAGUGUCUUUAAAAACUCCAGAAACUUUAAUAGAAACUGGUUCUAAAUUAUCAGCUGCUGACCUUAUUCCAGAAGAUCAAAGAUCUUCGUCUUUCCCAAUGCCAGUGUCUUCAGCAGAUCCCUGCCUAGUGCUUUCCUCUCUUACAAGCAGAGCAGCACAAGAGCUGCCUCUGCAAAGCAGUGAGAGACCACAACUCACUGUUCUGGGUUCAGGGGGAUGUAAUCUGGAGAAUACCUUCAACUCUAUAGUUCCUGCAAAAACUGGGAAAAGUACUUCUGAUGCUACCACUCAGAUAACAACAGAAAGUCCUGAAAAAACCACCUUUUCAGCAGAAAUUUAUGUUAAUUCACAAGACGGUGAAAAUGCCGUCCACCAGUUGUCUCUCCAGAAAGCACAUGAACUUCCCAACAAUACAGCUUCAUCUCUUAAGAAGAUUUCCUCUUUCCUGAGGCAGGGUGAUCAGCCCAUAUUGCUGCCGUACAAGCCUUCUGGAAGUACUGGGAUGUAUUACGUUCCUUACCUAAAGGCAGGAUCCAAAAUUUCUCCAGUUGAGUCAGAAACUGGUGUUGAGAGCUCUCACUCAGGGUCAAAUGAUGCUCCUCCUCCAAGGUUUCCGGCAAACGCGCUUAGUUUAAGGGAUGAUAAUCCUCCAGACAGUACAGCUGUCAUGCAUAAAGAAGGAAUCUCCAGUAAGAGGGCCAAGCCCAAGCGAGCCUGGGCUGAGGAGCAAACAAUACCACUGGAAGCUUCCCCAGAAUGCACAAAUCACUCUAAGUCUGUGAAAACCACUCAUUCAGUCUUCAAAUCUGCACGGUUCUACCGUCACCGUCCGAUGCCUAUGUGUGAGAGCUACUUCUUGUCUAACAGCGACCUCUCAGAAAACAGUUCUGGAACUGGACAUGCUAGAGCUUCCUCCAGGGCUGUCUUGCAGAAUCAGGAAAGAGCACAUGGUCAUCAACGUGUUUUCUCUGUUCGCCGUAAAAAAGAUGGUGCAAUUGAAUUCUUUCCACUCACUGCAGAAGCAGAUUACAGCAAGAACGAGGAUCUAAAUGUUAGUGCAUCUUUGGGGAAUGAAACAUCCGGGAAGGAGCUGCCUCAAUGUGGCAGAAGAGAAGCAGAACAAAAGGCAGCUAGAAAUUAUCCAUGUGGCCAAACAACUGGCUUUAAUGAGAACGUGGAGAAAGACCUCCCACCAAGACAGAGAACCCACUCCGGUGGUAGCUUAGAUGAACUCUGGAUUAAGUUUUUGGAGUGCCAGAAGAAACACCAGCACCAUGAUUUUAGGAGGAAUGAAAGACCGCGUAUCACCCAUGAUAAAAAUAGCCUUGUUGAGCUCAGGAAAAAUAGGUCAGGAGAGAGCACUAUUUGCCACAUGAAUAAAAUUUUGGAGCACCAGCAGUGCUUGGAAACUCCUAGUGACACUUCCUCAGAGGCAAGGCUUAGUAGAGAUCAUGGCACCACCAUCAGUUCCACCACCUCAGAAUCAGACACGGUGAGCCAAACGGAGAUGGAAACUGCAACUCUGACUGAGGGGAGCAGUUCCAUUUCCACCAUCGAUACUGCUAGGCUGAUCAGGGCUUUUGGGCGUGAAAGAGUGCGCGUGUCACCAAGACUCUCCCAGCUUUAUUGCACCAUCGACCACCAGAAAAGUCGCUCUGAAAAGUGGGACAAGGGAAGUGGCAAAGCAGUGGGUGUGGAAUACCCAAAGGUUACUUCUGAGAGACACAGGAAAAAGAAAGAGAUCCAGAAGAUAAUCUCCCUUUCAUCAGAUUCAACUUCCGCAGUCAGCGGUUCUUGGGGGCCAAGCUCUGCUCUUAGUAACAAGCGACGGACGCGGAUGUUAAACAAAGGUAUCCAAGCAGGAGACUUGGAGAUUGUGAACAGCGCAACUAAGAAAAACACUCGAGAUGUUGGUGUGACUUUUCCUACCCCAAGAUCCAACCAGCCAAAUCAACGGCCGCAGGAACCCUGGCACUGUGUUGAUGAUAUUUUUGGAGAGUCAGAUGGUACGGUCACAGAUCAUCAGGCAGCAGGAAGCAAGGGUAAGCAGAAGGGACAGCCUGGCAAUUUUUUCGUGGAGAAAAGGACGAAAAGGAGCAGGCUGCAUUUACCACAAGGGAUUUCAUGGUUCGUCCAAGCAGAAGACUUGAAAUCUGAAUCUAGAAAAGAAAACUAUUCCAAUUGCUUUUCUGGUCCUGGUCUGUCUUGGUUUGAACCGUUGACCAGCACAAAACCUUGGAGAGAGCCUCUCCGAGAGAAGAACUGGCAAGAGCACCAGUACAGCAACAUCGUUCAGCCAGCUGUUCCAGGAAGAGAUGCUGAGAACAGGUCCUUGCCGCCGUUUGUGAAGCUUACGCUACAGGAGGCUCUUGCAGUGCAUCGCCCUGAUUUCAUCUCCCGCUCUGGGGAGCGUGUGAAACAUCUGAAGCUUGUAAUGGAGGAAAGGAGGAUACAGAGCGUACUGCAGGCCAAACAAGGAGAGCUGUUUAAUCCUCCAGAGAAGAGAAAGGGCUCCAGGAAUGCAAGUCACAUGCUGUCCGACAGAGGUUUUCUGAUUAGAGAAAAGAGAAGAACAAUUCCAAAGAGUGAAAUGAUUCAAAGAUCUAAACGGAUCUAUGAGCAGCUGCCAGAGGUGCAGAAGAAGCGAGAGGAAGAGAAGAGAAAAAUGGAAUACAACUCGUACCGCCUGAAAGCACAGCUUUACAAAACAGUAGGUGUUCUG